UGAGAAAAAAUUAUAUCAUCUCAACAUUCGAGAAGAAAACAGUUAAAUUUGAAAAAACUUUCAAAAUGGUUAAAAACAUGUAUUCGUGCUUAGUGCUACUAGCAAUCAUCUCCUGUAAUUAUGUCUCUAUGCAAUUGGAAGUGGUUGGCUCGGUAAUGAGUGGAGUUCCUGGCUUGACAUCAAUGGAAAAGUCUGUACCCGAUGGUGGUAGUACCGCCAAUGCAAUCAGUGAGGCUCAAGCUACUGCUGGCAAUGUUGAUGGAGGUAUGGGAAGUUUGGAAGAUUCACCUGACGCUGGUGACUUACUGGAUGUUGAACUAAACAUGCCAAAUCCAUUCGAUGGUUCUCCAGAUGAUACCGAUGAUUCUCCAAGUGACAACAAUGAUGAUGGUGGUUUGAUGCCUGGUGUACCUGCCCCUAUGCCAGGAGCACCAGCUUCAAUGCCAUCAGUACCAACUACAGACUCUGUGAAUAGUAUUGUUGGCUCAAUUGCAAACGCAAUGGCAUCUGCAAAAAGUAAAUCAGGUUCUGGUGUGAGCCAAGAAAAUGGUGGAUCUAAUGGAGGAUCAGGAUCAGGAGUUGAGACUGGUGCAAGUUCAGUUGCUGAGAGUAAUGCUGAUAACAACUCGGGAGCUGUCACAAACACAAACAAUGACUCAAGCUCAGACUCAAGCUCAGUGGCUACUUCAAGCACUGAUACUAAUAACAGCUCAAAUAAUGUUUCAAACGCUAAGGCUGUCUCAAGCACCAAUAAUGAAGCAACUUCCAAUGAUGUUUCAAACACGAACACUGGAUCAAGCAACAACAGCCAAUCAAACAACAAUAGUGUUUCAAACACUGAAGCUGUCUCAAGCUCAAAUACUGAAUCAAAUACCAAUAACGAGUCAAACAACGACAAUAGAUCAAACUCCAAUGCUGUUUCAAACGCUAACGCUGUCUCAAGCUCAAACAGUAAAUCAAGCAACAAUAAUGAAGCAACUUCCAAUGAUGUUUCAAACACGAACACUGGAUCAAGCAACAACAGCCAAUCAAACAACAAUAGUGUUUCAAACGCUAACGCUGUCUCAAGCUCAAAUGCUGAAUCAAAUACCAAUAACGAGUCAAACAACGACAAUAGAUCAAACUCCAAUGCUGUUUCAAACGCUAACGCUGUCUCAAGCUCAAACAGUAAAUCAAGCAACAAUAAUGUUUCAAACGUUUCAAACACCAAUAAUGAAUCAACCUCAAAUACUAACUCUGUCUCAAACACAAACACAGAAUCAAACUCCAACUCAGCAGCAAAGACUGGUGGUAGUUCCGGUACAGGAAAUAGUGGAGGAUCAAGUUCAGUUUCAAGCUCAAGCUCAGGCUCUGGUGCUGCCUCAAGCUCAGGAUCUGGUGCAGGCUCUGGUUCAGGAUCUGGAGCUGGUUCAGGCUCUGGUGCUGGUUCAGGCUCUGGUUCAGGCUCUGGUGCUGGUUCAGGCUCUGGUGCUGGUUCAGGUUCAGGUUCAGGCUCUGGUUCAGGCUCUGGUGCUGGUUCAGGUUCAGGUUCAGGCUCUGGUUCAGGCUCUGGUGCUGGUUCAGGUUCAGGUUCAGGCUCUGGUUCAGGCUCUGGUGCUGGUUCAGGAUCUGGUGCUGGUUCAGGCUCUGGUGCUGGUUCAGGCUCUGGUUCAGGUAAAGGCAACGGCAAUUCAGGAGGUAGUUCACCUGGCACUGCAUCUAGUGCAAGUUCUUCAAGUUCUUCAAGUUCUGCCAGUGGAGCAGGCAAAGGUAAGGGUAAAAAUGGUAAAGGAAAGGGACCUAAAGGUGGAUCAUCUGCAAGCAGUGCAGCAGCUGCCGCAGCAGCAAGUGCGGCAUCAAAAGGAAAACCUAAUGGCAAAGGAAACAGUGGAUCUGGUUCUCAUUCAACUAAAAAACCAAUGAUUAAAGUUGAUAUGCCUAUGGUUGGAAUGAAGGUCAACAUGUUAUGAAUUCGCAUUUUCAUCAUAGUCUAUUGCUAAAUAACAAUGAAAUAAAUAAGUUAAAAUAAACAAAAUUCAGUCUAUAUUGA